GCCGAGCGCCGCUGGGGUCGCUGAGCGGCCGGGCCCCGCCUCCGCCUGGGGGGCGGCCCGAGUCCCGGCUGCGCGCGGAGGCGACCGGCAGCCCGCGGGCCGGCGACGCGCUGGCGAACGGGCAGAUUGUCGCCGGGCCCGCGGCUGGUCGGCCGGCCUGCGCUCUCCCCCGAGCCCGGGGCCGGUUUCGCGGCAGUCCGUGCGCACCCGGAGGGGGAUGGGCGGGGGCCCGGCCCCCCCGGCCCUGCCUGGGAGCCCGCUCUUGCGGGGACUUUAUCCAGCGGGGCUUGGCUCCCCUCGCGCUGCUGAGCUCGCGGGCCGAGCGGCCUGGAGCUCGCCGGGCUCGCUUCUCCCAGGCGGCGGCUGUAGGCCCCCCAGGGACCGCUUCGCUGCGCCCUGCUCGCCCCAGGCAGCGUCGCGGUGUCUCCCCUGCUUCCCUUCGCUCUCCGCUCACCCUUGUUCCCGCGCGCUGCGCCUCUCUCGCAGGCUGAGCAUGUCCCGGCAUGGCGCCGCCGAGCCGGACCCGGACUCUUCAGGUGGUGGACACUGAGCACAGCGCGGACGCUGUGGAGUGGUGCCCCGUGGAAGGCUGGCACAGCCUCCUGGCUUGUGGCACCUACCAGCUGAAGAAGCCUGGUGGAAAGCCUGGUGUAAACCCCAGUGAGAGUGAUGAGGCCCACACACGGCUGGGUCGCCUCUACCUGUAUCGCUACAGUGAAGAGCAGCCUUUUAUCCCACUGACUGAAAUUCAAAGGAUUGAAACCGCUGCCAUCCUAGACAUCAAAUGGUGCCACAUUCCCAUCGCAGAACAUCCCAUGUUGGGCAUUGCAAAUGCCAAGGGAACUGUGGAGCUCUGCCACCUGACUGGAAGUGAGAAGAACAGCUGCAUGUUGGAGCCACUCUGCAGUGUUGAUUUAGGAGCACAAUGCAUUGCCUUGUCUCUGGACUGGUCCACAGGACGGGAGCAGUGUGGGCACCCACUGAGAGUAAUCAGCAGUGAUUCAAAGGGGACGCUGAACCUACUGUCAAUAGAUGAGUCUGCUCCUUCUGUGAAAAUCCUCAGCCAGUGGAAGGCUCACAACUUUGAGGCCUGGAUUGCUGCUUUUAAUUACUGGGACACAGACAUUGUGUAUUCAGGUGGAGAUGACUGCAUGCUGAGGGGCUGGGACACCAGGCGCUGCCCAGAGAUGCCUAUCUUCACCAGUGAGAGACAUUCAAUGGGCGUGUGCAGCAUUCAGUGCAAUCCACACCGGGAGUAUCUUCUGGCUACAGGAAGCUAUGAUGAACACAUUCUCCUGUGGGACACCAGGAAUAUGAAGCAGCCAUUGGCAGACACCCAUGUUGAGGGUGGAGUUUGGAGGUUGAAGUGGCACCCAACACGUGAGCACUUGCUGUUGGCUGCUUGCAUGCAUAAUGGAUUCAAAAUCCUUGACUGCCAAGGAAGUAUGGAAAACACCGAGGAAUGCACUGUUGUGUCAUCCUACAUCUUGCAUAACUCCUUGGCUUAUGGAGCUGAUUGGUCAAGACUCUCCCCAAGGGAUCCCUUGGCUGUAAAACAGGACCCACUUUCUGCACCUGACUUGUCUGAGGGACCAGUGGCAAGCUCAGAUCAAAGAGGCAAGAAACUGGAUCUGCAAAUCCAGAACCUGAAGAUAGUUUAUGAAUCUCCUACAGCUACCUUUGAUGUAGUGUUAGAUGAGGAGGGUGAAGGCACUGCCUCACAGGUCAGACCAGAAAGUGGCUCUGAUCCUCAUUCUCAGUGUCUUGAUGGAAGGGGAUUGGACAUCAAGAGUGAUCAAACUGAAUUAGCAAAGGCUCCAAGAGAGACCAGCAUCCUAGCGACUUGUUCAUUUUAUGAUAACAUCCUACAUGUUUGGAAAUGGGAAACAAGUCAAAUCAACCCUUCAGAGUAAAAUACAAAAAAUAUUAUUCCCACUCUGAAAACACAAUUUCACUUGAACAGCCUUGAAAAGUGCCCCUCUUUCAAAUGUCCCAGAGGGAAAGUAUAGGAGACUUUUUGUAUUGAGAACUGUAUCUGCAGCCUAUGUCCAGUAUAACUUCCACUGGGGUUUUUCCAGUUUUAUUGCCUGGGAGCUUAAGGCUCCUGAAUUUCUGAAGACCUGUACUGUUAAAUUAAGGCAACUACAUUCUUAGUGUUUUGUGUCUAACUCUGACUAAAUCAAAAUGAAUAGUCUCCUACCUUUGCUGAAGGACAUAGUAAAACAUGGGUGCUUCUACUUGGCUAUCCUUUACUGUUGUGAUUCAGAGUGAUGAUGGUGCAUUUCAACAGAUGCUUCUUUAGGCAUGAAAUUUACCUCCCUUGACGACUAGUCUGUUUGUAAGUCUUGCCUCCAGUUCCAGAGAUGUGGAUGGGUGCCAUCUUUCCUUGUCCCUCUCUCCCAGCAGAAUCUGCGUCCCCCGCAUCAACCAAACUUUGCUACAACACUAAAUUAUUUAAGUCCACUGUUACAUAAUAGCCACAAAAUUUGGAUUUGAACGUUCAAGGGUGUUUGGGGUGUUUGAAUAUAAACAUAGGCCACUGGCUUGUUUUGUAAACUGCCACAUGCUGUGAGGACAUGCUGCACAGGGAACCUGUUUAUAGUGACCUUGGAUAGAGAGAGAUUCCUUUUAGAAUGAAAUCCCAGAUUGUCUCAAUGUACAUGACAGAACAGAUUGCAAGUGCAGCUCCAGUGAAGUUGUAUACUGAAAAAUGUCUUAAUCAUGAGGAUUCUGCUGUGGCUGCGUAUGUGUAAUUUUACACCUAAUUUACUGCAUGAGUACAAGUUGACUUUCAGGUUAUCACUUGUCAACAAGCACCACUUGGUUUUGCAUGAUCACGCAGUGAAUCUCAUUGUAUAUUAGUGCUUGCAGCAAAGAAAUCUUUAAAAAAAACAAACUGUGCAACAAACCGAUAUCCCUGGUAUCCAGAGAGUGAGACCUAUGAGACUAGGGUCAAAUCAGGUUUAAAAAAAAAUGAGCCAUUUUUUCAGCAUAAAUCUCAAAACCCCCAAACCCUGUUGGCAACACUUCCUGAUGUUUAAAAAAAAUAAAAUUAUUAAUAAUUCAAUCCUAACUAGGAUGUCUCCAGAAUUCCUUGAGGUUGCCCUGUUGGAUUCUUACUAUGAAAUAUCAGUAAGUCACUACAUUAAUGGGGCACUACCUUGGUGUUCCUGAUUAUCAACAACCAAAUACCAGCUUAAAAUAUUUAAGUAACUUCUAACUUGUAGGGUUUUUCUUUGGGAAUCUUAAUGAAUCAUUAGCCUAGAAGGGAAGAAACACCAGCAGCAACGAUAGAUUUUUGUAACAGUAAAUACAUACAGGCUAUUAAAACAACAUACAGAAGUAGCUAAGCUUCUCAAGGCGCAAAACCUUGUUUGUGGGUACCAUGUGUAUUUUGAGUGCUGUUUUAUGGAGAUGCAUAUCAGCAUUGUGAACAAAAGUUUUUGUUAAAAUUAAAAUAUUUUUGGAUGUUUCUGAAAUAAAAAGUGUAAGUGAGUUA